AUGAUGAGUAUUCUCCCUGACCGGAUUCCCUUGGCUCAGCUCUCAGAUGAGGAAAUGUUGGGCACAGGAGUCUGUAUCAAGAGAGAACUCGACGAAGGUGUCACCGAAGACAUGUAUUUAGAAAUUAAGGAAGAACCGUAUGAUUAUGCAGAUGAAGCAAAAUAUAAAGCAGGAUGCAAUGAAAAAGGCUCAUGUGAUUUUACUGAGGAUUGCAACAAUAUUUCAUCAGGAGCACCAUUAGUGGCUGAGGAUUGUGGGAACAGGUGCUCGUCAGAUUGGGAUGAGGCACCACUUAAGGAAACUUAUGAGGAGGUUACACAUGGAAAAGUGGAUAAGAAAUUGCAACGUUUUUUAUGCGAGGUGUGCGGCAAGACGUUCUAUAAUAAGACAUAUAUAAAGAUUCACAUGAGAGUACACACAAAGGAGAAGCCAUACAGCUGUGAAUUUUGCAACAAAGCUUUCUCAAGGAAGAGUGACCAAGUGAAGCACAAAGAGUACAUACAAAGGAGAGGCCAUACAGCUGUGAAAUUUGCAAGCAAGCCUUCUCACAGAAAAAGAGUUUAG